CUCAGUCGCGCGUCUAUCCGCUAUCCGUGCCUGCGUCGAGCACAACCCGACUGCCGUCCGCUCUUCACCGCAGCGCCUCCGCUCAGCAUCUACCAUGAACAUGCAUCUGAAGCUGGUCUGCCUUCACAGUCCUUUUCCUCUUCCUCCUCCUCAGCCCGCCGCUGCUGCUGUGUCGCCUGCGCUCCAAGUCAAUUACCACGCCCAAUAUGCAUGAAAUUUUGACGCUCCAGUUUGGGCAGCAGGCCAAUUACCUGGGAACGCACUACUGGAACACACAAGAAUCCUACUUCACCUACGCCGGCGAGAAUGAGUCGCCCGUCGACCACGAUGUGUCCUUCCGUCCCGGCAUCGGCGCUGACGGAGGCGAGACAUAUACCCCUCGCACGGUCAUCUACGACUUGAAAGGCGCAUUCGGCACGCUGAGACGUGAAAAUGCUUUGUACGAACUGCAGCAGCAAGAAAAUCCGGCCUCGGACGGGCAAUGGAGCGGGAGGACUGAUUCACUUCGACUGCCGCCCAUUACUCCCAGCCCGUAUCAAGUGGCACUGGACGCAGGCCUUGAGCCCCCUACCUUGAGCACCGAGAGUGUUCGCUUUUGGUCCGAUUACAACCGUGUCUUCUACCACCCUCGCAGCAUCAUCCAGUUGAACGAAUAUGAGUUGAACAGCUCGCUCAUGCCCUUCGAGCAGUGGUCUACUGGCGAAGAUCUGUUCUCCGCCUUGGACCGCGAGCACGACCUGCUCGACCGCGACCUUCGCCCUUUCCUGGAGGAGUGCGAUCAACUACAAGGCAUUCAAGUCUUUUCUGGUACCGAUAACGCCUGGGGUGGCUUUGCGUCGAAAUAUCUGGAACGCAUCAACGAUGAGCUUGGCAAGGGCUGUCGGUGGAUGUUCGGUUUGUCCGACACUCAGCGGACCGCGAGAGACAGGCAAGGUCAACAACUCGCGAACACCGCGCAGUCACUAUAUGCACUCGACUCAUCUGCAAGCCUCCAUAUUCCGGUUCAAAACGUGCCGUCUUGGUUACCUGACUAUGUGUCCUUGGAUGCAGCAAGUCCCUGGAGUACAUCGGCAUUACAGGCAGCAGCGAUUGAAUCAGUCACGCUGCCGACACGCCUUCAAUUGACCCAGUCGGGCAGAGCGACAUUCGAUACUUUCGAGACGACACUGAACGGCGAUGGCAAUCGCCGCAUCGCAGCUUUCUCCUUCUCCGCGAAGAUUGACACAGGGGUCAACGGCCACGACAGCGCAACCCACGGUGACACACGAAUGACCAAUGGCACCACUGCUGACGAGGAGGACCACGCGAAAGAGGAGGAUCAGCUUGACGUCGAGCUCUUUCCCCACUUCUCGCUUCCAAACCGAUCAGACAGAAGUCGCCGCCCACCUCGGCGUCCUCACGUGUUCAGUAGAGUGUCAUCUUUACGAGGCGCCUGGCUGUCAGCAGCGGACGAGGACUAUAACGACCCUGAAGUCCGGCGGCGCCAAGCUAAUGGACCAAGAUCAUCGACACACAGGACAAGCCUAUGCUUCCCGAUGCUUACAUCCUUUCCGACCGUACUGCGGUUCCCGGGUGAGCCUCAAGCAUUAGCCGUUCAGACCUCACUUUACACCUUCACCGACAUUUCAAACUGUUUAAGGACUAUCGGUAGCGUUGCAAGACGCAUGCCUUCAAUUGAUGAGCGUGAAGCUCUCUACGAUGGUCUGUCGGCGAUGGCAGAUGAGUACGAGGAAGGUUGGAUGAGCGACAGCGAUGAAGACGAAGAUUGAUUCACGGAUGUCUCUAGUGUAAAUCCACCCGCAUCAACUUCAGCCUCAACUUGUUGAGCGACUGCGGCGGCUUCCUCCAGUCAACAUAUUUUCCUUGCACCACCGGCUUCACAUGAUCAGUCGUGUCGUAUACUGGCCCAGGAACCCCAG